GUACUAAUAUUAAAGUUACAGGGAUCUGCGUAUGCAAACAUACACAAGUAUAUUAAUACAAAUAUUUAAGAUACUAGCUACAUCAGUAGAUCGAGAUCCAAACGCAUAUACUAAUUUGUUGAAGUGGGAACCAAAGGCAUACCCAUCAGGUUCAAAUUUUGCCACACUUCAACACACUUCCUUCCAUUUCUCUCCCAACAUCAUCCCUCAACUUGUCGUAAACACGUUCUUUAAACCCUCUUGGUUCGGCUUAGGCUUCACCGUCGUCACUUCUUGGUCGCUCUCUCAAUCGUACAACACCGGCACUCUUGCUCUUGCCUUAACUCCCGGAGCAACAUUACAUUUCCCAAAGUUUCCCUUUAGAACCCUCAGAACGGAAUUAAGCUUCAAUUAAAUUUUCCAAAAAAAAAUAUAUAUAUUUGAAAACUGAAUUCUCUAUUAAUAUGAAAGAUGGGUAGGUGUGUAGUAAGUUGGUCAGCGAUGCAUGUGACAGUCAUCGGGUAGACUCUAUAGAGAGCCCUAAAUAAAUGAAGCUUGUGGUGGAAAAUUGUAGAGAAGUAGUAUUUAAGUUGGUCUAGCUUAACCACCAUAUGAUCAAUACAAGAAGUGUUUUCUCUAUAUACAUUUUGUGAUCAGAUAAGUAAUCAAUCAAAAGAUGGAAGGUAAAACUGUGAUUUUCAGUGUGCUUGUAAUAGGUCUUGUCGUCAUCGCGCAAAUUCAAGUAGAAGCAGAAUUCCUAGUCUGCUGCCCAAGCGAGUCAUCCAGGGAGAACUUUGAUUUAUGCAUUUCCUACGGAGCUUCUCAGCCAGCUUGUUCAUCUAUAACUGGAUGCGUCCGGUUUUUAGGGAGUACAUGUCCUCCAUUUCUUCCGGAUGAAAUUGUAAAAAACUCGGGUGAUGCUGUCAGUGUAUACUGCAAUUUGGGCUGUGCAUCCUCUCUAUGUGGUGGCUUAACCACUCUUCACAACAAAGGUACAGCAAGCUCUCCAAGUACAAUUAUUAUUACUAUUAAUCUAUUAUUAUUAAAACAAGAGAAAUCAUGCUAAUUUUGUUUGGGUGACCGCGAAUGGAAAAGCAGUGUUCUAAAAUGCGCUAUAAGCUAGGCGUACGGUGGAGCACCGUAUAGCGUAUAGACGUAUAUAUGGCCGUUUAUGCGGAAACUAUACGGUGGAUAUUUUUGUUAAAUAAAUAAGUAAA